UUUGGUCCUCAGCUACCUUGUGUAUACCAUGUCGUAUUUUAUUCCGCACUUGACAAACGGCUGGCAGGUGGACCAGGCAAUCCUGUCUGAGGAAGAGCGGGUCGUGAUGAUCCGGUUCGGCCACGACUGGGACCAGCAGUGCAUGAUCAUGGACGAGACGCUGUACCGGAUCGCGGACAAGGUCAAAAACUUUGCUGUCGUCUAUCUGGUUGACAUCACCGAGGUCCCCGACUUUAACACGAUGUACGAGCUGUACGACCCGUGCACACUCAUGUUCUUUUACCGAAACAAGCACAUCAUGAUUGAUCUGGGUACGGGCAACAACAACAAGGUCAACUGGCCGAUCGAGGACGAGCAGGAGCUCAUUGACCUGGCCGAGGUUGUGUACAGAGGUGCACACAAGGGCAAGGGUCUGGUGGUAUCACCCAAGGACUACUCCACAAAAUACAAGUACUGAGGUGCGUUUAGAAAUAUAUAAUAGCCCAUAUGGCUGCAAAAACG